AUGAAUCCAUUGGGUUCACCUGGCCCAGAUGGCUUUCCAGCAAUCUUCUUCCAAAGUCACUGGCUCAUGGUUGGCAAUGAUGUAAUAGCUGCAGUACUAGAGCACCUGAACACAAAAUCUGGUUUUCAAGCUAUCAAUCACACCUUCAUAACCCUUAUUCCAAAGAAGAACUCCCCUCUGAAGAUCAUAGCUAAGGUCCUUGCAAACAGAUUAAAGUCCAUCUUGCCAAAACUAAUCUCAGACAACCAAAGUGCUUUUAUUCUAGGAAGAAUGAUCUCAGACAACACUAUAGUGGCUUAUGAACUCCUGCACUCAAUGCAAAAUAGAAGGAAGAAUCACAAAGAAGCUUACAUGGCCCUCAAGCUUGAUAUUAGCAAGGCCUAUGACAGACUAGAGUGGUGCUUCAUUCAUCAAGUGCUUCAGCAGAUGGGCUUUGAUAGAGAGUGGACUGAUCUGAUCAUGCAGUGUAUAGGAACAGUGACUUACUCAAUCCUUGUCAAUGGCAUCCCUCAACCAACCUUCAAACCUUCAAGAGGAAUUCACCAAGGAGACCCCCUUUCCCCAUACUUAUUCAUUUUGUGCUCAAAAGUCCUCUGCUUGGCACUGAACUUGGCUGAACAACAGGGCUCAAUUUCGGGUUUCCCUCUAUUUAAAGGCUCUUUAACAGUCAAUCACUUAUUUUUUGCAGACAAUAGUCUUGUCUUCUACAAGGCACAUCAACAGGAGUGGACCAAUCUUCAACUCAUCCUCAAUUCUUAUACAGCAAGCUCUAGUCAGAGACUCAACUUGGAUAAAUCCUCAAUUUAUUUAAGCAAGAAUACAAGCCAAGUAGCCCAAAAUUCCAUACUGAACUUGGCUGGGAGAAAAGCAUCGGGCCCUUUUGAAAAGUACUUGGGACUACCUUCUUAUGUGGGCAAGAAUAAGGGCAGAGCUUUCACUCCCAUCCUGGACAGAGUCAAAGCUCAAAUGAGCAGUUGGAAAACAAACCUUUUGUCCUCAGCCGGGAAAGAAGUCUUGCUGAAGUCAAAACCAGAGUCUAAAAUGCACUCGCUUAGUUGGAAAGGCAUUGGUAAGGGCAAGCAAGAAGGGGGUCUGGGAUUCAGAGAUUUUGAAUACUUCAAUAAAGCCAUGCUAGCCAAGCAAGGGUGGAGGCUCCUCAUCAACACCCAAUCUCUAGCUUCCCGAGUUCUUAAAGCCAAAUACUUUCCCUCAAGUGAUUUUCUGUCUGCAAGAGUCAGAAGGGUUGAUUCUUUUGUGUGGAAAAGUAUAACAACACCUAGACCACUGUUAGCUGGAGGCCUCCAUUGGAAGAUAGGAAAUGGCAACUCAGUGAGAAUUUGGUCAGACUGUUGGUUGCCCACCCCUACUUCUUUCAAAGUUCAGUCCCCUCCCAAGACUCUCAACAUAGAUGCUACAGUGAACUUACUAAUAGAUCAAGAUACUCUUUCCUGGAAUCUACCUCUCAUACAGAGUAUUUUCUUUCCUAAGGAGGCAGCAAUUAUAUCCAAGUUACAUGUUAGUCCUUGCAAUAACAAUGAUAGACUUUCUUGGAGGUGCACCACAAACGGCAUGUUUUCAGUGAAAUCAGCUUACCACCUCCAAGUUUCUAUAAAUGACAGCAAGAGUAGGCAAGGCUCUCGACUUUCUAACCACGGGGUUCUUUGGAAACUAUUAUGGAAGCUUAAAGUGCCAAACAAAGUCAAAAUGUUCCUAUGGAGGGCAGCUAAGGACAUCCUUCCCACUAGAGCCAAUUUGUAUAGAAGGAAGAUCAUUGAAUCUCCUCUAUGCCCUAUCUGUCACUCCUUUCCAGAGACCACAGCUCAUGUACUUUGGUCAUGCAGAGCAGCUCAGGAUGUUUGGAGCCAUAGCUCGAAAAGACUUCAAAAGUGCAGGACAGAGGAACAACCUUUCCAUGAAUUGCUCACAGACCACCUCUCCCUACUCCCUACUAAGGAACAUGUUGAACUAGUUCUCACAGCCACUGAGUUGUGGCAUAGGAGGAACAAAUUCAUUUUCGAGUCUAGCUUCACCUGCCCUUUACAGAUCUCAAAGAUAGUCUCCACAAUGAAGAGUGAACUGGAGGAGCUUAAUAGUCAACCACAGGAGCAAUCCCUCUCAACCCGUGAUUCAGCUAUUGACAGAGUGAACUGCAGGGUGGGAAUUGGAGUGGCCGUCAGAGAUUGGGAUGGUCUUGUUACAACCACCCUUAGAAGUCCCAGAAACUCCUUCCCGGAUCCUCUUCUGGGAGAAGCCUUAGCCGCCCUGCGAGCUAUACAGCUUGGUCUCGAGAUUGGUCUCCACAAUGUCAUAUUUGAAGGUGACUCAAAACUGCUGGUUAACGGGAUCACCAAUUCAGCUAACGAUUGGAGUACUGCUGGCCUGAUCUUUCUUGACAUAAAGAAACUCUUAGCUUCUUACCGAACCUGGUCAUUUCGACAUGUACCUAGGCAAGUAAAUGCAGUGGCACAUAGCCUAGCUAAGAGCUCUUUAGAUCUUAGUAAGGAGUCUGUUCUUGUAGUGGAUUACCCUCAAUGCAUUUGUAACCUUUUACGUUGA